AUGGGGCCCCCUCCGCUUCUUAGGAUGAGGUCACUGGGGGGUCGGGACGAGCUCUCCUUGAGCUGGGCCUGCUGCGCCCCUGGCCAUGAAGAGCUGGCCCUGCUCCAGCUCGCCCCCAGAGUCAGGGCGAGGCGGCUCACGUUCAGGGUGAGUCGAGCCGGCCGCAUCCCCCCACCACCCGCAGGAAACCUGUCCCCGCAAGCUGGCCUCAUCCCCCCCACCUGCUCCUGCAGGAAACCUCCUCCCCCUGGGAGCCUCCACAGCUGCCUGCGAGGUGCCUCCUGGCUGCGUGCCCACUUGAGGCUGGCCUGUCUCGGUGCCCCCUGA